AUGAGUUCCAACUCUGAUGAUGUCCAUCGGAUCAUGGACGAAAGCUCAGCCUGUUUUCGCCCGAAGCGAGAGAGGUCUCGUGGACUGCGUCAACCUGAACGUCGUAUAAAAGCCAAACGACUGCCGUACAGCUGGAUUCAGCCGUCCUCU